GUGCAAGCAGAGAAGGUGACCCGAAUCGCCGACGGCGAGCGACCACCAAUGUCCGCCGAGACCGACGAAGCGGUGGAAGUCACCGUUGAAGGGAGCGACACGGAACCGGUGAUGGAGGAGGAGGCUGUGGCCGGAGACGCGACAGAGGAGCAGCAGCGGCGAGAGACCCAGGUGCUGGAGAGGGCAAUCAGAGCUACUGACGUUGCUGCAGUCGAAGAAGGGGACUUUGUAACCCCUGCUGCUGUUCAAAUUCGGACCGUCCCUGUUGUUCCCUCAAUCGACGGAAUAGGGGAUGAAUCACUUGAUAGCCAUACUUCCUCGACGCGAACGAGACCAGAAAGAAGAAAAUGGUGGAAGAGGGUCUCCAACGCGAAGAAAGGAGGAACCGCGAGAGACCAUUGAUCUCGAAGGUCUUUGGAGAAGAGAAUUCGCCGCUACUGUGGGUGAAGUUGGACGAGGGACGGACAGAUCUCAGCGCCAGCCACCGACAAUGCGGAGAGGAGACGACUGCAAACUGUCGGGCUAGUUCGUCGGCAUCGCAAACCGCCGCAGCACUGACGCACUCACUAGCGGCUCGAGUCGUGGCAAUGACGGCCGAUGAGAAGAAACAGGAGGGCGGCGACGAUUUCCCUUCCUCCUUCCGGACAUCGAGCGACGAGGUGGCGGAGAUAAGAGGUGGUGGGUCGGAUUGGCCCCCUAGCCGCCUGACGACCUUGUCGCGGGAGAAGGAGGCGAAGCGGGCACCUUCGGGAAGGGAAGCGUCGAGGAAAGAGCCGAGGACCACCGACGCGGAGGCGGAGGCGGAGGCGGAGUCGGAGAAGCGACCUGCAGCGCGCGAAUCUCCGUGUCGGCUGGGUAGGUCUCGCCGUCGGCGAGUGGCUUGUGUGCCGCUGGGGAGGGAAACGACGAGGGAGGGUGGCUGUUACCUCUCCCCUGCAACCCUAGUUCGCCUCACUCAGAAGCAACAAGUCGGGCGGGCCGUGCUCCAGUUCGUGGGCCGCUCUGUUCGGAUCUACGGGUUUGAUGCCGCUAGAAGGUUCUCAUCACGACUGGUCCGUAGAAAAAAUUCGCCGAGCUUAUGUUGGGCGGAUCAGAUCAGAAUGGGCUAAGAGCAGUGGAUUGGUUUGGAUACGGGCUGAGAAGUGAGAAGUCUAUUGGGCUCUCCUUGGGCCGAGUUUCAAUGGGUUGUCUUAUUGAUUUUAGUUUGCAGGGACAUAACUUAAACGAAGAAGAGAGUUUGGUGGGCUUAACUAGUGGGUCUUUAAAGGAGACAAGCCCAAACAAAAUUAGAAGGAGGAGUGCACAAAAACUUCAAAUUGGUUUGGGCCAUAAUUCUUUUUUAGAAGUUAUCAUGGGCCGAACUAAGGAAGAUGGCAAAGGGAGCUGGGAGCAGUCAUGGAUCGUCAACACCACCAAGUACUUAGCGAAGUCAAUGGAGCAAUCCAUCGAAUACUUUAAGGUGGUUAAUGAGGAUAUGCUCAAGGAAGAACAACUCUCUGACUCUUAUUUUAUAGAGUUUGAAAAGGAGUUAGGAGAGUCAUUUGGAGAGUCAUUUGGUCGAGGUUGUGACACGAUCCAUGUGGGUAAGGGAGAAGCCAUGGGAGUCGAAGUUGCUGGCAUGAGAUUCGUUCAAGUAGUGGAGCCUGAUUGGAAGAAAAGGAAGCGCAAGACACGGAGCAGUUGGCGUACUGAUAGCACAAGAGAGGCGAAGACGUGGGUCGAAUCGGUCAACCUUGAGGGCAAGGUUGGUCUCAAGGGGGAGGGGAUGUUAGAAACACGUUUUCUAACGAAAACGGGUUUCUAUGUCAUCAUUAUCAUUAGCAUUAUUAUUAGGUUUUAUUAAAUAUGGUUAGUAGUCUUUUAGUAGAAU